CAUGGACACUAAUACUCGCAGAAGAUCUCCGCAAGGUCGCAGGUCUGCUCGUUCCCAUGCUGACUCGACGGAGGUCGUCACAUACCGCUUGGGCGAGCGCAUGGUAUACGUUACUCCUGCGGAGACUUUCGAGCAAGCCGUGGCAUUUGCAAAGCGUGUCUUUCCCGACCAACUUGCGACGAUCGAUCGCAAGCGGAUCACAUUCACCGUCAGCGUCGUUGCAUCGCAUGAAAGGCGCAUGGUCGAAAUUGGGCCGAUGGCAUGGAAGGCCGUUGUCUCCACUCUCGCCCAAUACGAGAUAAUCAAUGUUAUCGUCCAACCCGAGGCAAGCGGAUCGGAUGACGGCUUGCCAGAUUAUUUGGACGCCACGAGCACGGAUUCCAAACGGUCAUCAAUGCACUUGGAUUUGCCUUCCCCCUCUGAUGCGAAGUCGCGCAGUCCUUCUCCAACACCUUCUCGCACAGAGAAGGCACUCAGUUGGCUAGAAAGGCACCUACCAUGAUCCUUAUGAUACAAACGCUUGUUAGAAAUUCUUGACUGGCCUUGAAAGGACGUACCCCCGGUCCCAGACGUGAUCGCCUUGAUACCUCAUUGUAGUAUUUGAUCCAGCAUCGAGCGCUUCCUGCAUCUCAAAAUGUUGCACAUUGAUACCCAUAUUCCACAUUUCUGACUAUUUCCGUUCACUCCCUGCACAAUCUACCGUGUUAUCUUAUAAUCCAUAUACUUGUAUUUGAUACGAACGUAUGACCUACCUUACACAUGCAGUCGCUACGUAGAUCUGGCUUGAAAUUGAUGCUGUUCGGUGUACCUU